AUGGCCUUCGAAAAUUUCUCCGGUCCCUACAUCACUGGCAAGGUCGCUCUGGUGACUGGUGCGGGUCAGGGUAUUGGAAAGGCAACGGCCUUGCUCCUUGCUCAAGCUGGAGCCAAGUUGGUUAUUGCAGAGAUUAACCCAGAGACUGGCGAGCAGACUGCGCGGGAGAUUCGUGAUGAGCUCAAGGGAGAAGCCAUCUUCGUCAAGACAGAUGUCAGCCAGUCAACAUCUCUCCAGUCUGCCGUACAGACAGCCGUGACAAUAUUUGGACGUCUGGAUGUUGCUGUCAACAAUGCAGGUCUCCUGCCAGAUUCAGCACCUAUUGCGGAGAUGGAUGAAGCCUACUGGCAACGGCUGAUUUCUACCAACCUAUGUGGUGUUGCCUGGUCGCUGAAGUGGGAGGUGCGUCAGAUGAUCGAGCAAGGAGCUGGUGGCUCUAUCAUCAACCUUUCAUCCGCCACUAUCUCCAAGCCCCAGGAGGAUAUGUCUGCGCAUAUCGCCGCCAAACAUGGUAUUGUGGGCCUUACUCACACAGCCGCUCGCGAAAAUGGCAAGCACAAUAUUCGUGUCAACGCCUUAGCCGCCGGGCCGACUGCCACCGACUUGACUGUUGCGACUUUGAAGGCCAUGGGGACCACCGAAGAGGCCGAGGCUAAGAAGGUCAGCUUCCUUGGCCGUCUCGCCCAGCCCGUGGAGAUUGCGCACGCUGUUUUGUGGCUGGCUUCAGACUCUUCCUCUUAUGUCACUGGAGCUACUGUUCCUGUAGACUCGGGUAUGAUGUUGUUCUGA